AGCUACACAGAUAUGAGGAUCACCACAUAAAUACACGACGGUACCGCAACAGUUGGUCUCUCUUUCAGUCAAAGGCAUCUAGGUACUCUGAAAGUCUCAAUUCGAUGCCACGUGAUUUCUGUACCCGGAAUCUCCACUGCAACAAUUUGAAUUUUUCAAACCCUAAUCAGUCACAAUCAUGACGGAUAACUACAACUCAACGCCAGCUAAUGCUGGAGUGGACAAGGCCGAGACAUUGGAAAAGGGCUCAGGUAAUAUGUCCACUGCCGAACCCAAACAUGUCGGGGUUGAAAACCAGCGAAUGCUGCUCGGUGGGGAAGCGGAACGGAAGUUGGUGCGAAAGCUAGAUAUCCAUAUCAUUCCUGUUGUGAUGGCUUUAUAUCUUUUGAGUUUCUUAGAUCGGGUCAACAUCGGCAAUGCGAGAUUGUACCAUCUGGAGCGAGACCUUGGCAUGCAUGGAAAUAUGUAUCAGACUGCGGUCUCGCUUCUGUUCGUCACAUAUAUCAUUUGCGAGGUCCCUUCAAAUCUUGUACUGAAAAAGUUCACUCCUUCCCGUUGGAUAGCAUUUAUUGCCACAUCCUGGGGUAUUAUCGCCACACUUGGCGGGGUUGUACAAUCCUAUGCCGGUUUGUUAGUCGUGAGACUGUUCCUCGGUGCAGUCGAAGCUGGCUUGUUCCCUGGCUUGGCAGUCUACCUGACAUUCUUCUACACGAAAAAGGAGCUGGCAGUACGGAUUGGGUACCUGUUUGUCUCUGCUGCUUUAGCUGGAGGGUUCGGUGGACUGCUUGCGUACGGAAUUGGACACAUGGAUGGUGUUGCUGGUCAAAGUGGUUGGAGAUGGAUCUUCAUUCUUGAAGGCAUCCCAACUGUUUUUAUGGGCAUUGCAACACUUUGGCUGCUGCCCAACAAUCCUCAAACGGCAUAUUUUCUUACUGAUGAGGACAAGAAGUUGAUCAAUGUUCGCAAGGCUUGCGAAUAUGGUCAAACUGCUGCUGCGCAGGAAUUCUCAAAGAAAGAUGUCAUGAAAGCUUUCAGGGAUUGGAAGUGUUGGGCAUUUUACUUUGCCCAGUUUGGCGUUGAUACCAUGCUUUAUGGCUUCUCGACAUUCCUGCCAACGAUCAUAUCUCAGCUCGGCAAAUGGACUACAGCAGAGACUCAGCUUCUAACUGUUCCCUGCUACGCCACUGGAGCUAUCUUAUACAUGAUUGCUGCUCACCUGUCUGAUCGUACCUCGAAACGCGCCAUCUUUACUCUCGUUGGUGGAGCCUCAAGUAUCAUCGGCUACGGAAUUCUUCUAUCCAAAGCCCCAUCCGGUGCCCAUUACUUCGGAUGCUUCAUGGUUGCUGGAGGGCUCUACGUAGUCGUCGGUCUUCCUGUUGCCUGGCUACCGAACAACUCACCUAGAUAUGGAAAGCGAACGACUGCGACAGGAAUGCAGCUUACGAUUGGGAACUGUGCUGGUAUCUUGAGCAGUUUCAUCUACCCAACUGCUGAUAAGCCACGCUAUGUAACGGGACAUGCGGUUACGUUGUCGAUGGUCGGGUUUGCUUGCACCUUGUAUGCUAUUCUGUGGUUUGUUUACGCGCGUGCGAACAAGAAGCGGGACUCUGGGCUGGAAGAUUACAAAGUUGAGGGGAUGACUGAGGAUGAACUUGCAGAGCUGGGAGAUGAGAGUCCCCGAUAUCGCUAUACCAUUUAGAAUGUAAGGCCUCCGGUCCUCCGUACCUCGCUCUCUUUCAAGGUCAAUCAUGCACAACUGCUUUAAUGCUGAGAGAAUGGCUCUUCACGAUCUUAUUCUAUGGUAUUGGACCAAUCAGCUGGAUUCCACAUUUACACCACCCCUGUGAGUACUUCAUUGACUAGACUGGCAGAAUUACACUGGGAUCGUGUCCAAAUUUCAAGACGUCGACUCUCGGCCACAUGUCCUCGCCAUUUGCUCACCAUUCAUCCCUCUUUCUUCUUUAUUCUUCGUCAAAUUUGGACACUUUAAUGGUUCGCAAAGUACAAGUGACCAGUGCACAUUUCAAUCUUGCCGCCCUGCACUUUGUUCAGUUUCGCU